AGCCCCCGCGGGGAGCCACCGAGGGCGCGGCCUGGGAGCCCCCCGCGGCGAGGCACCCUCUCACGGGCUGAUUUACUUUUGUAUUUAUUUGUGGUUAGAGUUUUUUAUUAUUAGAUAUGAAAGAAAAAAAUGGACCGGCGGCCACCUCAAAACUCCAACUGUUUAAAACCUCCCAAGGAUACACAGGUUAACAUCAGUUUUCAUAAGGACAUGCAGGUUAAAAAAUUUUCAGUGCAACACCUCCACAUAAGGGCAAAAUUGUCUUUUCCCAUCUCCGUUAGCCACCAUUAGUACUAAUUUCGUCCAAAAGGAUAUAGGGGUAAAGAUAAGUUGGCGGUAGGAUAUACAGAUACUGAAAAAAUAGAAAUAUGAAGGUCAAGAACACAACAUAAGGAUAUACAGGUUACAGUCUCCGCCGUCCGUUGGUGAUUUUUCUUUUUCUUUUUGCCUUGCGCUUCGUGUUGCUGCACGCUGCUUCGGCCUGUCCAACAGGUCAUCUUGCUUCUUUCCGUGGUGAGAUCCUGGUUCCAAUUCCUUUAUUGUUUCUUCUAGAUCUCACGGCUUCGGUUCAUGUCUGAUGUUUACUUUUACUCUUACUCCUAUGCACUGUGGAGAGGAAGAGCUGAGAGCAACUCCGAAGAGAGAAAGCUCGACACUAGGCAUGGAUUUGGUGUUGGCUCAUUUCGGCCCAUAUGUAACGAUCGGUCCAUUGCCACGCCCUCCAGCGAACCUCUCUUCCUACUAUAUACGCAUACGUAACCAUUAACACAUUAACUAUUUUGCUCUGUAUUUUCAAGUGGGCGCGGCAUAGCGCGCGGUUUACCUAGUUCCUUUGAUCAAGACUACAAUUUCUAAGGCAAGAUCACUCACUGCUUUUAUUUACGGACAAACAAGUUUGUUGGACAUGAUGCGCCAAUUCACCAACCAGCAGGAUUUGGUUCAUGCUGGGAUCUCCUACUACACAACAUGCUGCUUGAAUUUGAAGAGCCUUUAUGAUAACAGGAUUGAGUUGAAGACUAUGUUUAUUUCUAAAGAAUGGGAGGACAACAUGUGGUCAAAGAAUGAGGCCGGCAGGAGGUUCUAUAACCUAGUAGUGAGCAAUGAGUUUUGGGAUGGGGUGCUAUAUGCUAUAAACAGUUUUGAGCCAGUAGUGGAUGUUCUGAGGAGGAUGGGUUGUGGCAGGUCCUCUAUGGGAAACAUAUAUGGUGAACUUGCAAAUGUUAAAAGGGAAAUUGCCUUUCGCUUUGAAAAUAAGGAAGAACACUAUUUGCCAGUAUGGUAUCAUAUAGAUUGUAUAAAAGAUGAGCACAUGAAGACACCAUUGCACUUAGCUGGUUAUUAUUUGAAUCCCUUGUUCUACUACCAAAAUGGAAACGAAAUUGAAAAGACUGAAAUAUUUAGAGAUGCACUUCUUGAGUGUGCACACAAGAUGUACCCAGAUCAGUCUGUGCAAGAGAGGAUUGUGCAUCAGUUGAAGCUUUACAGGACUGCAUCACAGAGUUUUGGAAGGGCUCGUGCCACUCUGAUGAAUUUUGACCCAGUUUCCUGGUGGGAAUUACAUGGCAGUACAGCAAAGGAGUUGAGCACAAUGGCACUGAGGAUAUUAAGGUUAACUUGUGGCUCACUUGCCUAUGAGCAAAGUUGGAUCGAAAUGGUCCAUAAAAAAAAGCCAUCUUUGGUUCAGUGCAAUAAAUUUGAGGAGUCGACGUUUGUGAUGGUCAACAGAAGGAUACAAGAAAAAGCUCAAAUGAAAGACAGAUCCUGUACUUGCAUACCUUCCCAGUGAAGAUGAACCAUUUGACUGGCUGGUGGGAAUGUCACGCAUCUAUGCCCAAAUGCCUGACUAUAGGUCCUUACUUAUGGCACGAGCAAACAAUGAUGAAGUAGGGCUAGCAAAUCUAGCGAAUCAACUAUUGGAUGAUGCAGAGUAUCCAACAUCAGGUGAAGAAAAUGAUGAAGAAGCACCAAAGCACUCGAGCAGAAAGAAGACGUCAUCUUGUGCGUCAUGCAUGAAGCAAGCGAAGAGGCCACGGUUGGUCAAGGAAAACCUAGAAGAUGGCGAGUAUGAUGGAAGUGAUGGAAACAUCAGUUACUAAGCUCUGGUGGUAGCCAUGGCCUCGUAUGUAUCAGUUUGGCAAGGAUGAUGAAUGAGGGGUUGGUAUCUUUAGAGAUUUGUAAACUCUUAUGGCUCUGAUUUCCCACCAUGUUCCAGUCCCCACCUCCGUAUCCGUCGUCCACGUUGCACAGUUCUAUCGCGGGUGAGGUUCCCUCCCCCUGUUCUCCUCAAAUCUGUAUAAUCUUGGGACUAUAAUUUGUGUCAAUCGAUGGAUGAAGUUGACUAGUGA